AUGACUUCAAUGGCCUCGAGCCGACCUCAGCUCAAGUCCAAGUUCAGCGAGUCCUAUACCGCACUUCUCGAUGGAAGGCAACCAUGGAUCCAAGAUAGUGCUUUCCCAAACUCAUCCUCAACCGUCGCCUCCUCAUCACCUUCCUAUGGCAGCGAUCUGCCAUCACGACCAGCCGUUUUGCGCUCGAAAUUGGCCGGCAAGUCAAACACAGGUCCUCGUUCUCGAUACUUUGCCGAUCUACUGUGCCUUCCAGUAGAGACUCGAUUUGUCACCCAGCAACUGGAAGCGAUCCUUCCAGAGACGUUGCUCGAUGACGAUCCGCACAGCAAAGGCGCUUGCAUCGCUGACAACGUUGGCUCGCUAUGGCGGGAAGCCAUGCGAGUGUGGCGUCAGAGCGACGAGGACGAGGUUCGCAGAAGAAACGCAGUCGACACUCUGGUGGCGCUAUCAUACCCUGUCCUUACUAAGCGCUUCUCCAACUAUUCGUUCGACAUUAUUUCUAUCUUUGCCGGCGGUAUGGACGAAGCCGAUGACGUAUUUACCCUCCUCGUUGACUCAAUCGAUGACACGCUGCGCGGAGGCAACCUCGCAAGAGUCCGCAUCCCCUCCUCCUUCCGAGACGAGGAGGAUGAACGAGAGCAGGAUUUGGCGCAGGCCAAGGCGAGAGAGUGGAUCGAUGCAGAGGUACAGCAUCGUGCGCUUCAGCUUGGACUUUUGUGGCUUUCUUGUGUUGCCCAGACUUCGUUAGCUGCCUACUUUCUGCGUCGCGAUCUUUUCGUCACAGCUUCCACUUUCAUUUCCACCCCCGCCGGCUCUCGAUACGCCUACGAAGGUGCCGUCUUUCUAGGCCUUCUAGCCACCAUCGGUCAAGGCUCCGCUGGUGGUAUCUCGCUCAAUGCCAGCACCUCAAAUCCCUACGCUCGACGCCUCCGCGACUGGGUGGACGAGGACUGCAUGGCAAAGAUCCUUGUCGCCGCCGCUGCUGCCAUGAAUCAAAAUGUUCAACUAUAUCGACAGGUUGUCGACGAUUCUCCUCCUACCCUGACUGGUAGCAUUGCAGGAAUAGCUAGCAUGCGGUGGGUCUCGAGCCUUGCUGAGCUUGUCGCUUCGCCCACAUCGCUUUUCACCUCCACAGCUUCUGACCCAAGGCCAUCGGCGACAUCUACCCUGAUGGGCGAUUUCUCUCAUCUCCCUUCCUCCAGCUCCGUUAUCCUUCUCCCCCUUUUCCUCCUCUCCAGAUCCAACCAGGCUUUCACCUCGUUGGUAUUGGAUGUGACAGACUUGCCAAAUGCCAACGACCAGUCGCUUGCUACAGCUGCUAGCGACACAAGAUUCAGAGCCAGCAACGAGUCCUUUUGCCAGCUAGCUUCCCUGGCAUCCUAUCUUGCCACUCAUGCAUCUGUCUCGCCACGCUCAGCCUCGUAUGCUCGCAUCGCGCUUCUCUGCCUUCUCGUCUUUCUCUACGACCAACGCGGCAGUCGCAACAUGAUUGCCGACACACAGCGGUCUGCUCGCAUCCUCGAGCGGUCCCGUCUCUGUCGCCAGCGUGAGCCAGCACUUGCGCUUCCCCGGACCAAACGCACGCGGCUCGUCACUGCCGUCCUAGACGCGGCCACUUGCUCGAUGUGCUACAAUCUCAGCAAGCGCAUUGAUACAGCGUCAUUCCUGAUCAGUCUCAAGCUCAUCCAACGCGUCGUCAACCUAUGUUCCGACGAGCGCAUCCAACUCGAAUACGAUUGGCAAGAUUGCUGGAGCGCUAUCCUCUCACUCGCGUCUUUCCUUGCUGCACGCUUCGCUGAGAUCCGCUCAAGUCAAGACCUUUCGGAACUCAUCAAGGCUUUGAUCGCUACCUUGAACUCGAUCCUGCUACGAUCUGAUCAUGUCCUCACUUCCACGAACGAGAUCAAUCACUUCAUAUACGAGAUCGUGAGAUGCUCACAGACGCUUCGUAAGACUGUGCUCCUUUUGGACCCAUCGUCCAGGAAUUCCACCUCAAAUCCCGGCUCGAUGGCGAACACUAAUGGAGCUUUUAUACCCACACCACCCAAGCUCUACACACAAGUGCCAGGAUGGAAGAACCUCGAACGUAUCAUUCAGGCUGUCGAAGCCAAGAUUGCGGAGUGGGUCGAGCAGAAAUCCAGCUCUAGGAGAAACAAGACCCCUGAUAUCGACACAAUCAACAAGCUCAUCGCCAGCAUUGAUCGUGAACACUUGCUUGCUGGCGCAUCCGAAGAGCGACAUACUUCCAGCUCUGCUUCAACUGGUGUCGGCAACAGAGAUGGCGGGACGAACGGCGUCAUGCAUCAUGAAUUGGAAUGGCUGGAUCGAAUUCAAGAACAGUGCCUCCCAGAGUUCGUCCGUCAUGCUUGCACAGACGUUCUACGAAUCUUGCCUAUCUAUUGA